AUGGAGGCAUUCCUCAAAGCUCAAGCCAAGUUCAAGGCCGAUAAGGGUCUCUCCAAGAUCCCCGUGAUCGCCAACAAGAAUUACCAGCGUCAUGGCACGAAAUCCUACGUCUACCUACUGAACAAGUUCAAGUUUGAGCCAACGAAACCAGGCCCCUAUGUCCAGACACGACGAGUGGCCCAGAGAGGGCUCGCAGCCCCCGGAUUCAAUGCCGCUGUCGGCGGUCGUGUGUCCUUGGGCAAAGUUCUUUCUAAGAAGGUCGCCGAAGACCAACACGGGGAUGUUACGGCCGAAGACCAGCAAUACGACUCCAUGUACCUUUGCGAAGUCUCAAUCGGCACCCCACCGCAGAAGUUCAAGUUGGACUUUGACACGGGCUCCUCCGACCUUUGGGUCUUCUCGACCGAGCUCAGCAGUGCCCUGCAGAAGAACCACAACAUCUUCGACGCCUCCAAGUCCUCGAGUUUCAAGAAGCUCGACGGUAAGACGUGGAAGAUCUCAUAUGGCGACGGUAGCUCAGCGUCAGGCGACGUUGGCACUGACAACCUUGUCCUCGGCGGGCUGACGGUCGAGAACCAAGCCGUCGAGCUUGCCUCGCAGCUCGCGGACCAGUUCUCCCAGGGCACGGGAGACGGGCUUCUCGGCCUCGCCUUCGGGUCCAUCAACACGGUCAUGCGCGACGGCAAUUUCCGCGACCCCGUGGCCACACCCGUCGAGAACAUGAUUGCGCAGCAGGACAUCCCCAAGGACGCGGAGCUCUUCACCUCGGCUUUCUACAGCGAGCGGGACGAGGCGAAGCCGAGGUCUUUCUACACGUUUGGCUGGAUCGACACGGACCUCGUCUCGGCUUCCGGGGAGGACAUCCACUGGACCGACAUUGACAACUCGCAGGGCUUCUGGAUGUUCGAGUCCGGGUCCGCGAGCGUCAACGGCAAGACCGUGACGCAGAGCGGGAAUAAGGCCAUCGCGGACACGGGCACCACGCUGGCGCUCGUCUCGGACGAGGUGUGCGACGCGCUGUACAAGGCGAUCCCGGGUUCCAAGUACGACGACCAGCAGCAGGGGUACGUGUUCCCGACCAGCACCAAGGCGGAGGACCUGCCUGAGUUCAAGGUCGCCGUCGGCGACAAGGAGUUUGUGAUCCAGAAGGAGGACCUGGCGUUCGCGCCGGCGAGCGACGGGUUCUGGUACGGAGGUGUGCAGUCGAGGGGCUCCAACGAGUUUGACAUCUUGGGUGAUGCGUUCCUGAAAUCGAUUUAUGCGAUCUGGGAUCAAGGAAACACGCGAUUUGGCAGCGUCCCUAAGAUUGAGAAAACUCAGAACCUUACACCGCCCUCUUAA